GUUGGCUGGGGGCUAGGGUGCUGGUUCCGAUGAGGUUGAAUCAGAACACCUUGCUGCUGGGGAGAAAGGUGGUCCUGGUGCCCUACACCGCGGAGCAUGUGCCCAGGUACCAUGAAUGGAUGCAGUCUGAGAAACUACAGCGUCUGACCUCCUCGGAGCCGCUGACCCUGGAACAGGAGUACGCCAUGCAACACAGCUGGAGGGAGGAUGCAGACAAGCGCACCUUCAUCGUGCUGGACGCUGAAAAGUGGCAGGCCCAGUCCGCUGCUGCCAAAGAGAGCUGCAUCGUGAACCUCUUCUUCACGGACCCGGGAGACCCCACCCUGAGGGAGGUGCAGGUCAUUAUUGCAGAGUCCAGCUGCAGGGGCAAGGGCCUGGGCGCUGAGGCUGCACUCAUGAUGUUGUCGUACGGAGUGACCAAGCUGGGUCUGACCAUGUUUGAAGCUAAAAUUGGACAAGGAAAUGAACCGAGUCUCCGGAUGUUCCGGAAACUUCACUUCGAGCAGGUGGCUUUGAGCAGCGUCUUCCAGGAGGUGACACUGAGGCUGACCAUGAGCGAGUCUCAACAGCGCUGGCUGCUGGAGCAGACAAGCCACGUGGAAGAGAAAUCCUACCGGGGCAAGUUGACAGAGUCCUGCUGA